UACUUCCGGGUUCGGCAAUACUGGGAGGUGGCGGCAUUAGGCAGUCAUUUAGGGCCUUGCUCUAAAGCUCUGCCUUCGCUUCGGUCUUUCUAGAAAACCCGCUUUGAUCUCGGCGUUGCGGGACAGGUAUUUCCUGGCCGCUGUGGGUGUUUUUGGAGCAGUGUGUUGCACCGGGGUCGGCGAUACCUUGUACUCAGGAGUCUCGGAGCUCCCGCAAGGCGAGACGAGCCUGUGGCACCCGGCGAGGAAGCCGGUUUCCCGGGUCGUGGCCCCAGCGCUGACGUUCUGUCACUUCACUCCGCGAUUACACCGUCGCAGGCGCGAAUUUGUCUCCAAUGGCUGAUACGACCCCAAACAGCCCCCAGGGGGCGGGCGCUGUGCAAUUCAUGAUGACCAAUAAACUGGAUACAGCAAUGUGGCUUUCCCGAUUAUUCACAGUUUACUGCUCGGCUUUGUUUGUUCUGCCUCUUCUUGGGUUACAUGAAGCAGCAAGCUUUUAUCAACGUGCUUUGCUGGCAAAUGCUCUGACCAGUGCUCUGAGACUGCAUCAAAGAUUACCUCACUUCCAGUUAAGCAGAGCAUUCCUGGCACAGGCUUUGUUAGAGGACAGCUGCCACUACCUGUUGUAUUCACUCAUCUUUGUCAAUUCUUACCCUGUUACAAUGAGUAUUUUCCCAGUCUUGUUAUUCUCUUUGCUUCAUGCUGCCACAUACACUAAAAAGGUCCUUGAUGCAAAAGGUUCGAAUAGUUUACCUCUGCUGAGAGCUGUCUUGGAUAAAUUAAGUGCUAAUCAACAAAAUAUUUUGAAAUUCAUUGCUUGUAAUGAAAUUUUCUUGAUGCCUGCUACAGUUUUUAUGCUCUUUAGUGGCCAAGGAAGUUUGCUCCAGCCUUUUAUAUACUAUAGAUUUCUUACUCUUCGGUAUUCCUCUAGAAGAAAUCCAUAUUGUCGGAACUUGUUUAAUGAACUGAGGAUUGUUGUUGAACAUAUAAUAAUGAAACCUGCCUGCCCGCUGUUUGUGAGAAGACUUUGCCUCCAGAGCAUUGCCUUUAUAAGUAGAUUGGCACCAACAGUUGUGUAGUUUAUCAUCUAGUUAAGCAGGGUAUAUAACAUAAGCAUUAUUAGCAGCUGGUACUUCUGCUAAGGGUCAUAAAAUCCAGGUCUUACACUGACCGCGAUCCAAGUUACAUAAAAGCAUCUCAUUGGAAAAAUAAUAAUUUCUCUGGCAUGUUAAAUCAACCCUUUUUAAUAAAAGUUUCUAAGAAAAUUUUCUGCACUCUGUGGCUAAUGGAUAAGGAAGUUUAUAUCUAGGGGUAAAUAUACCAAAUUUUUUUUAGAUGCUGCUGUACCUGUAUCAUGAAAUACAUUUACUUCAUGUAAAGCUAGUUCUAAAAUGUUUCACCCUAAUUAAUAAUCUGAGUUUAUAUCUAGCAUGUGUUCAGAAUGAUAAUAACAUGUGAAUUCAGUGUACUUUGAGACAGUAUUCUUUUACCAUUCAGUAAUUUUGGUUGAUUUUAACAGAAAUUAUUCCAACUAUAAUUUUAUUUCAAAUUGUUACUGAAUUUGUGCUGCCUUGCUAGGACAGCUGUUAGGGGUCACAUGACUAUUUUCUAUCAAAAAGUAGUAGUGACAUGGCUUCCUUUUAGAGACCCAUUGAGUAACAUUUAUCAAGUAGAAAAUCCUUUUACAGAUGUGAACAGAUAGGUUAUUAGUAUAAUUAUAAUUCGUAGAAUUAUCAAGUUCAGAUUCUUGACUCUAGUUUUUUUGGUCUCUUAGGCUUGAAUUUUCCUAGACAGUUGCCGCAGUUCAGAUGCUGUGUGAAAGGAAUGUAAUUGAAGUUUGAGAAUAUAUGCCUAUACUUGUGUCUGUUAUGAAAUAAUGAAGGGUAUCCUGUAGAUUACAUAUUUUUCCAUUAAAUUUGGUUUGAAAGGUUAAAUGUCAAGGUUUAUAGGGAAGGCAGUUCAGUGAUAGUAUGGCUGAGGGAGGAGUUGUGGGGGAGUAGUGUGCAUUUUAAUUUCAUAGUACUAUGACUAGGGGAAUUGGAUAUAUUAUGAAACUGACUUGGGUAGUAUAAUGUGUUCAAUCCUGUUCAUUGAGCUCCCAUCAACUGCUUUAUAAAAUUUAUUCUGAUCCUUACUACUGUUGCAUGAUUGGAAAUGUUUAAAACAUUGCACAGUUUUAGACUAGAGUAAUGAAAUGGUUUUUGUAACCAAUUUUCUUCUGUCUGCAUGUCAUUUGGAUUUCUCAAAUACAUUCAUUAGUGACUUAGCAGUAACAUUUUUCCUUUUGUUCAACUUCCUAAUUUAUAGAAAGGUGAUAUUCUUAGGAUAGAUUACCAGAAAAAUUCCACUUGGUAGCUUAACUACAACUGGCUAUUUUUGUAUUUUUGUAAUAUUUAUCCACUAAAUUGGAUAAACAACCUCAUGAUAUACAGUUGAUUUUGUAUGUGUAUAUGGCUAGCCUUAUUACUAUUUAUGUAAUUGAUGGUUUUAAGAAUUAAACUUUUUAGAGCAAUAAAGUGACUACAAUGUUAAGUAAACAUACUGAUUUCUAAUGGUGUUUUAAAAUAUUAUCUUAAAUUACAUCAAAUUUUGGCAGCUGAAGGCACAUUCUGAAAGGUUUUUUCUACAGGUUUUUUUUUUAAAUCUGGAGAUAAUUUUACUUAUAGAAGAGUUUCAAAAAUAGUGCCAAGAGAUCCUGUAUACCCUUUACUCAGCUUCCUAUUAUGUUAAUGUCUUACAUAACUGGUAGAACAUUUGUCCAAAGUAAGAAAUUAACCCUGGAACAAUACUAUUAACUGAAGUACAAAACUUAUUUAGAUUUCUGUUUAUUGUGUGUGGCUUGUUUUUAACUUGAUUAUCUUUUAUUUUUAAAGGUUAUGUCUAUGUUUUUCUUCUUUCUUUAUUUAUUUUUUUCCUUCUUUAUUUUUAAAGUUACUGCUGAUGGAAAAGUUUUCCCUAAAGUAAAUAUUCCAUGUUAGUUUUAACAAAAAUAAUUUUAAUUUUAAAACUACACCAAUUUCACAUAUCUUCUGAUUUAAUUCUUUUUAAUCAUAUAGCAGAAUUUAAUACUUCUAAUAUGUUCAUGUUUGAAUGAAGGUACAGAUUUACGCCUUACUGGAAGGCUUAAUAUAUAAUACUCUUAGACCCAUGAAAAAGUAAAUUUUAUAAGUUGAGCAUGAUUAGAUGUUUACUUUGCAUGAAAUUGGUAGUUAGAAAUUCUGCAUUGUGAAUAUUUACAAGUGGCUGACUUGGCAACUGAAAUGAUAAUAUUACAUGUAUCAAAUUAAAAUUAAAUAUAAUAGCAAUAUAUAGAUAAGAUAACUGUGGUAGGAGAAAUUAAGUCUUUGUGCAUUACUUAACUUAUUUUUUCUUACAGGUUUAAAAGGAGUUGAUUUAACUUCCCAAAUAUCUAAUUCUUUAAGAAAUGGUAUAGUGCAGUUGGUGGUGAACCUAUGGCACAUGUGCCACAGCGGGCUGUUGUAUCAUUGAAAGCUCUAAAAAGUUCGCCAUCACUGGUAUAGUGCAUAACCCUCCUAUACAGUUAUAGGUCUCAUACAAAACCUACUUUAUUCUAGCAAGUAUUCUGUAUUCCUUUUGUAUACUUGAUUUUUCAUUAAUUUAAAUCAUAUUUAACAUUAAUCUAAAGAGAAAUUACUCAAGUACAAUUUGUAUUUUAAGUUUUCUUGAUAUAAAAUUCACCAGGGUACAUGCUUCUGUAAAAAAGCAAGAAAUCUUUUUUAAAAAUUACAUUUGGAUAUUUAAGAGUAUCCCUGACAAGCGAGGCAUGGUGAUCAACACACCUAUAAUCCCAGUAGUCUGGGAGGCUGAGGCAGAAGGAUUACAAAUUUGAGCCCAGUCUGGGCACCUUACCAAUACUAGGUCUUAAAAUUUUUUUUAAAAAUGUAAUAAAGGGGGCAGGAGGUGUAGCUCAGUGCAAAGACUGUGGGUUUAAAUCCCCAGAACUACACCAAAAAAAAAAAAAAGACUCCCUUACAGAGACCAUUAAAGCAAGCCAAUAUUCAGCCUUAACCCAAAAGUUAUAAAAGGUUAAUGGGUUCUGGUAUAUCAGUAAGAGUUGCAAAACUAUCAAUAUUUCUUUCCUAAAGAUCAGGAUAAAAAAUCCUGAUCAAGUUUGUACAUUUAGAACAUGAACAUUACAUAUACUAAAAAGGAAAACAAGUAUAUGUAACGACAAGUAGAACUGAGAGAUUUAGGGUUCUCUCAUACAUUUCAGAUGAGAGUGUAUGAACUUAAUUUGAGGAAUUGUGGUAGUCUUCCCCAACCUUACCUGCGCCAGAUCUAAGGAUCUGCUAGCCUCAAAGCUGUCACCCAGUUUUGAUAGUUAGAAAUUAAAACUUCAGUAAGGCGCCAGAGAUUUAGCUCAGUGGUUCCGCCACCUGCCUCCCAAGCACAAGGUCGUCCCCCCCCACCCCCCGAGUUCAAUCCCUGGUACCAAAAAAAAAACUCAGUAGGAAAAGCGGCCACAGUUAUGUUUGUAAUCAUUAGAUGUCACUCUCACCUCAGGUAGCUCCCUAUUUUCAGAUGCCACUGAAGUGCUGAGUCAGCUGUAAAACUUAAGGAUCUGAAUUUGAUGUAUGUUAGUUCAAUUUUGAGCAAACAAUUUAGAAACCAUUUACUAUGAGUACUUCUUUUUGUGUGCUAAGGAUUAAAGCCAAGGCCUCAUACCCUACCACUGAGUUACACCCUCAACCCAUGAGUACUUUUUAAAAAUACUGAAAUGUUCAAAAGCACCCUAUCAAUAUCUGCUGAAAAUAGUAAAAUGGGCUGCAGCUGGAUGUGACAUACAGAUUAUAAUCUUUUUUUUUCAAAGUGCCUAAAUUACCUAAACACAUCAGUUACAAAAUUGUUUUCAUUUUCAGAUGUGUCAUCAUUUUGUAAGUACACUAGAUGUAGUCAAUUUAAUCUUUUAAGAUUUAGACUUCAUAGUAAUAUAAAAGUACUGUAUAUUGACAUUUUUGGAUAUUAAGAAUGGUACCAAGAUUGACAGCUAGUUUUUCUUAACACUUUAUUGGGAUUUUCUAGGAUUAGGAGAAUUCCUCGGAGGCUGUAUGAUAGGAUAGCUCAACAGAUAGUAUACCAAAGGCAUGACUUUAAAAAUCCAGAAGUUACUUCCAGAGAUGGUUUUAUUGAAUAGUCAGUCCUCUUAUAUUUUGGGUAGAAUUAUUGUUGGAUCUGGUAUUAAGGAUAAGAAAGGAGCUGCUAAAAGUUUGAAAGGUUUCGUGGUGGUAAUUUUUAUUUUUGGUACUGGGGAUCAAACUCAGGUCCUUAACGCUUAUGAGGCAGGCACCAGAACCACUGAGCUAAAUCCCCGACCCUUCCUGGUCAUAAAAUUAAUUUACAAAAUGUUUGUGUUCUGAGGUGGUACUCAGAUGGGCUGUUCAAAAGGAAAGUGUUCCUAUGUGAGGGAUUCUCUGUCUUUGAGUACAUAUAGGAAAACUGACAUGCAUUUAGUUGGAGUGGACAUGAAAAGACAAAGUAUAGUAUUUCCUUAAUCUAAAGCAGAUUCUUAGAAAAUGAUUGAAAUCUUAACAAUUAGCUCAUAUUCUAGGAGAAAGAAGGACCCAAGAAUCAUUUCACUUUCUCUUUCAUAACCUUGUAAAGCUACUUUUUUGAUUUCACUCAUCACUUUCAAACUCUUUUUCUUUUCUUGGUUCAUGACAGUUUAACUUCAAACUUCUAUUUUUCCUUUGUAACUUUGAAGGGAGAACUAGUCCUCUUGACAUAAUUUUUGCCUACACAUGUAUUUAUAAGUUGAGACCAAAUGAGCAAAAUAUUGGGCAGGUAACAUUUAUUAUGUGUAUAUAUUGGACCAAAUGUAAAAGGGUCACAAAAAUUAGAAACAGUCAUAAAAAAACUACUUGAUUUAUAAAUACAUUACUUCUGGUGCUCUAUAUUAAUGGGAUAUAGUGAACAAAAAUUUGUAUAUACAGUAUGUCAGCAUUUCAUAGUAACUUCUCUUUAAUCCAUUUUUAAUAUCUAAUACUGUACAGGUUGGGGAGUUAUACUCUUCAGGCCAAUACUAUCCAGACUAUAAAUUUAUAAAAUAAAUUGAAAAAUUCAUCAUUCUCCUGUAUUCAAGACCAAAGCACAUAAUGCUAAUGUAAGGCUCAGAGGGGAAAUAUAGUUCUCCUGCAUAUUUGAGAAAAUGUGAAGUCCUUUCAAGAAAAUCUAAUAAACAUAAUAAUCAUAGCCUGCUGACACCAAGGAAAAAAGAUCUCAUUCGCUUUUUCUUUUAUGCAGCAAUUUACUGGUCCCUACUGAUUUCCAAAUUGGAUCACUGUAGUAAAUUAUCUGUGCUGGUACCUGUGAAAGUAAGCCCGGGGAUCCAUAUUUGUUUUGUGUUCUGCUUAAAUCAGCAAGAAUGAUAAAUCUGAUGGUGUGAAAUUGGAAGUAUCAAGGGCUUUCUUUGGUGAUUGAGCAAAGUAAUAUCUUCACUUGUAAUUUAUUGUGACCUUUUUUCACUGUAUGUGCUUUGUAUGUUUAAUAUUUAUUUCAAUACAAAUUAAAUUGUUCUUUCAUCUA